AUGAAUCGCACACGAAUCGCCGGCCAUGGCCUGAGAAGGCUCGUCAAAACCCCUCCCAGGGGCACUAGGGGCAUUGUCACCGACGCAGACGUUGUCAAGGCGAGGAAGUACUGCCAGACGCAGCUCCAACAUAGCGACUACGAUGCCCACCUGAUCAGCCGCCUCGUCCCGGCCCGCACGACAGAUGCCUACCUCGCCCUCCGCAACCUCAACCUCGAGCUCGUCCGCCUCCCGGAGCAGGUCUCGAACCCGGUUAUUGGCCAGAUGCGCAUGCAGUUCUGGCGGGAGUCUAUCGACAAGACCUUCGCCGGCAAACCCCCGGCCGAGCCAAUCUGCGUGCUCCUCCAUCAGGCCCUCCAAGACCUACGCGCGCGGUCGACCGCCAGCACGGCGAGCUCGAUCAAGUUCUGGGUGCAGCGGCUCAUCAAGACGCGCGAGAAGCACAUGGACAACAGACCAUACGCAUCACUGGCUGCGCUGGAGGAGUACGCGGAGAACACGUACUCGACGCUCAUGUACGCCACGCUGGCGGCGAUGCCGCUGCGCUCGAUGCACGUGGACCAUCUGGCGAGCCACAUCGGCAAGGCGUGCGGCAUUGUGGCCGUCCUGCGCGGCAUCCCCGUCCUCGCGGCGCCGCAGCAGCAGCCUGCGAAAUCGCACGCGGGGCCCGGCGGCGGACGCCAAGACCCCGCCCUGCUGCUCCCGCUGGAUGUCAUGGCCGAGGCCAAUCUGCGCGAGGAAGACGUCUUUCGGUAUGGGCCGCGGGCGGAGGGUUUCCAAGACGCCGUGUUCAAGGUGGCGACGCGGGCCAACGACCAUCUCAUCACGGCACGCGAGAUGCUCAAGAACCUUAAGGCCGGUCAGGAGGCUGGGCACGAGUUUGAGCAUCAGGGUGAGGCGGAGCACGUGUACGAGCACGAGGAAGACGAUACGCAGCAGGAUAUCCGACGCGGAUUCGCUGUGCUCCUCGAGUCGGUGCCCGCUCAGGAGUAUCUUACGAAUCUUGAAGGGACGAACUUUGACCCUUGGGCCGUCAAGGCAAGCUGGAAGCUGCCUUGGCGACUCUGGCGGGCGACCAGUAAGAACCAGAUCUAG